AUGUCAACUGUUGAUAAUAAAGGUGACAGUAUGUUAAACACGGGGAUUUCUCACUAUGAUCUGUCAGGGAUGUCAUUUACUACCCUAGACAGAGACAACGACAGGUGUAGAUGUAACUGUGCUGUUAUGUAUGGAGGAGGGUGGUGCUUUAACUACUGUCAUUACGCCUUCCACAACGGUGACUGGUCCCCGGCAACCUGGGUUUAUCCAUGUGAGAGAUGGCAGAGAGAUAAAGGAAACUCUUAUGAUGAUAAAACCUCACUGACUGUGUCAUAUCUUAUAGUAAGAGAUGGUAGAGAGAUAAAGGAGACUAUCAUGAUGAUGAACCCUCCCUGA